GUCAUGAGGAGAGCUUUGUGGAUUGAAUAUUUGCCAUUUAUUAUUUGCUGCAAGUAAAUGCAGAAGUGGAUUCACAGAGGAGGAAAUGCUUUUAAGAGAGUUUACCCUCUCUGUUAGGAACGCAUUCUCACUGUGAAGGAGAAGCAGGAGCGUUUACAUGGCAGCCUCAAAUGGUCCAGAGAUAAACCUGUCACUGCUGUUACUGGGAGAGAAACAAAGUGGGAAGAGUUCAGCAGGAAACACCAUCCUGAGGAGACUGGCCUUUCACAAGAACACGAUUCGAAGCUCCAGAGAGAAUGACAACAUUUUUGGAAAACAGGUGACAGUUGUGGACACCCCUGGAUGGUCCUCCCACACCCCAACUCCUGACAGCGUGUCCAAAGAGCUCUACAGAGGUCUCACUCUCUGUCAGCCAGAGCCCCAUGCCAUCCUGCUGGUGCUGCCCAUCACCUCCAUCCUUGGCCAGAAGGAGUUGAAAGCCAUGGAGGCCCAGCUAAGUCUGCUCCAAACCACUAUUUGGUCUCGGGCUAUGGUCCUCUUCACACAUGGGGACAAAUUAGAAGUCAUGUCUAUCGAGGAGCACAUACAACGCCAAGGUCCGACUCUCCAGUGGCUGCUGGAGCGUUGUGGGAACAGGUACCAGGUUAUGACCAACCAGCCCAGUGCGCCACAGACUCAGGUCACUGAGCUCUUUGGGAAGAUCCAAAAGAUGAUGGAGACUAACCAGCUUUCCACAGAGGUUAAGAACAUGCUGUACACCAGGCUAAGACAAGAAUUGAGCAUGGAGGAGGAGAGGAGCUGGCAGAACAGACGAGAAGAAGUGGAAAUGACAGAGAUGCAUGAUGUACAUGAUGGCAUGCUGGGACAAAGGCAGCGGGUGAUGUCAGUGGGCCGUUCUGGGCGAGCCCUUGCCUUCAUCCUGCUCGGUAGGAGGAAGUCAGGGAAGAGCUCGGCAGGUAACAUCAUCCUAGACACAGAGGAGUUCCAGGUGUAUCCCUAUCGAAGGACCACCAGGUGCUCUGUCAGCCAGGGGAUGGUUUCAGGGCGAGCAGUGACAGUAGUGGACACACCUGGGUGGAGUCUGUUUGGUCUGGCCAAUGCAGAGGAGGUUGAGGUGGAGAUGAAUCUGAGCACUUCUCUGUGUCCUGAAGGGAGCAAAGUGACGUUCCUGCUGGUUUUACCUGUGGACGUGUUCACAGAGAAGGACAGGAGAGCCGUGGAGAAGUUCAUUGGCACUUUGGGGGACAAUGUUUGGAGACGCACUGUUGUGCUGUUCACCUUUGGAGAGGAGCUGAGAGGGAUGACAAUGGAAAAAUACAUAGAGGAGAAUGGGGAGCAUCUGCAGGAGAUACUAAAAAAAUGUGGCCAACGGCAUGUUGUGUUCAGCACAGAAACAGAAAACAAGAACCAAGUCAUACGGCUACUCGACAUAGUGGAGCAGAUGUAAAAACAGGGUUUUAUGAAAAAACAAAAUAAGUUAUUGAGACGUGUCAUUUUCUAUUACAUUCUUCUUUCCUUGUUUAUUUUGUAUCAAGCUGCUUUUAUAUAUUUCCAUGCAACUUUUACAUAAGUUAUAAAAAAAGUGCCAUACUUUGAUGAUCUGUGGGUCAGAACAAAAUCUCUUUUGGGUGAUGACUCUAUUAACCCUUUCAUGCACGAAUCAUUGAAAAAUAAAGUGAGAUUUUUUAAAAGUCUUUUUUAACUUCUUUUUAACUUCUAGGCAUACAAAAUAUUGUUAUUUAGGAGUUAUUUAUUUAUGUUAUUUAGUUAUACUCAGA